UCUUCUUUUCAUCUUUUAAAGAUCGUUAAAAAACAAUCAAUCGUCAUGCAAAAAAAAAACCUAAAAGCACUUAAACCAAGACAGGGAUUAUAGCUACAUAAUUUACUUGGUCAAUAUAAGUAAUGCGCUCGUUUAAGAGAGAUUUUUGUCAUUCUUGUUCAAGAUGUCAUGCAGCUCGAGUUUAAUGCAUUCUUUAUUACUGUUUGAGUGAAAACAAGACUCCCGCGAGCUUUUCGUCUAAACAAAUCACAAAUAAGAGGCCUUGAACUCCACUGAAGUCCUUGUGUUGUAUAUAUUUUGGGUAUUGCUUCUUCUACGUCUGUAUAAUAGAGGCACAGAUUUGUUGGGUUUCAAUUGAUUUUAAAAUUAGGUAGCAAGAUCUGGUAUUUUGACAGUCAAAACCAUGAAAAAUCGAAGAAAACUGGGUAUUGCUGCUCCGGUUUUGAUCAGGAACGUCAGAGUAGUGAUUCUUGGGAAGGAUGGGGUAGGGAAAUCAGCUUUGACAGUAAGAUUGAUAACUAAGAGAUACAUCGGCGAGUACGACCAGACACUCGAGAACACAUACAGACAUCCAUUACAGAUUGACAAUGAAUUCAUUACCCUAGAUAUCACCGAUACAGCGGGAAUUAAUAACAAAGAAAAGUUGGACCAAUGCGUAUCAGUGGGAGACAUAUUUAUCGUUCUCUACUCCAUCACAGACAGAUCGACAUUUGCCGAGGCAUCUUGGAUAGCAAAAUACCUCAAAAACCGCAAAGAACUAGAUUCAUCAACGCUCGUCUUAGCAGGAACCAAACAAGACUUAGGACAUUUCAGACAAGUGCAAGUUACCGAUGGCAGUAAACUUACACAUCAAUUGGGAUGUGGAUUUUAUGAGAUCUCGAUAUCUGAAGGAUUCAGUGAUACAUUGGAUAUGUUUCAUGAUAUUAUAAGACAAUAUUUAGAGUGUCAUAAGGACGCUGAACACUCGUUGGCACUAACGCCGCCAUCGCCGCCGUCACCUUCUACACCGCCGAGCCCAAAGUCGGAACACAUGAAGAGUCCAUCUUCGUGGGCUAAAGUAAAAGGACUUCGUACCAUUCCGUUUCGUCGAAAAUCCGUUCAAACGAUAUAAAAAUACUAUAUAGGGAACAAGAGAGUGUUAUAUAGACUACUUAGAAGGGAGGGGUGCGUCAUAGUUUCGUUACUAUGCCAUUCUUUUAAUUCACUAUAACUGAGGUGGGGAAGGGGGAGUCCUUUUUCUCUAUUAAGCUGGAUACUGAAGGGGGAAGGGGUGAGAACUUUUUCUCUAUUAGCUGGAUCUGAGGGGGGAAGGGGUGUGAACUUUUUCUCAAUGUCGACUACAUGGGGUAACCUGAACCUGGAACACGAGAAUUAUUAAAUUUCUAUUGUCAUGAUAGGCUAGCGCUUGGUGAAAGACGUUAAAUAAAAAUGGAUUAUUUAUAGAAUGGAAAGCAAUAGAACCUUCUAAAGAUUUACGUAUCGACAAAUCAAAUACAAACGACGGAAAUAUAACGCAACACUAGAUUAAAAUAUGAUGCUUCAAAAGUAAAAACACUAAGAAUAUAUCACUCCAAUGUAGAUAUUAGAUAUCAAAGUAGGAUGAAAAUAUGUAAGUAAGGUUUAUAGAGAUAUCUCAAUAAAAAUGACAAGUGAAUAUGUGAAAAACGUA